AUGACUGAUGCCUCCUCGAACACCACCACCAACAAUAAGAAACGAGGAACAAGAUGUCAGAAGAUUGCGAUCACGGGUUUUGGUAUUGCCCUUCUCCUUCUUCAAAUCUUGGAUUACAAGAAAUCUUUCCAGCCCACUCAAGUCCAUCUGAAAAACCAACGAGGUAUACGUAUGGAUACUGUCCAGUCUUCAAUUUCAAUCAUAUCUCAGCGAACAUCGUAUCAAUCAACGCAGCUGGACGAUGAACCAACUCGAUGUUGGAGACACUGUCCGAAACGAAUCAACAAGAUCUACUUUGAGCAUAGUUGGGCUGGACUUGGUGAUCGAUCGGUUGUCUUGCAUAUGCUAGGCAACUUGGCAGGAUAUCUAUGUGCCAUUGUCGAGUUGCCUCCUCCAUCGAUAUUGCUGAAUCCAAUUCACAACGGAGGCAAAAAGCUGCACAAGCGAGUCGAAUGGAAGGACUUUUUCAACUUUACCUUCCUCCAAGAUGGAUCUCAAGUCGUCUAUGAAGCAAAAGAUAAUCCCAAGUUUACCCAAAAAGUCAACAAGAACUGGCGUCAACCGGGACUCUACAAGCCCAAAAGAUACCCUGGAUGGCAAUUUGUGGUGACCAAAUCAAAAGCAGGCAGCAUCAUUAACGAUUACCGACGUGCUCAAGAUAUAUCAUGGCGACAGGGAAACAAUACCAAUAAAGGGUUCAUUUGGGAGAUUCAUCGAGUCAUCUAUGGUUCUCGUCUACUCAAGAAGGCUCCAUUGCCAGAACCGAGCAACGAAGUGCGAACGAAACUGCAAGAACACGCAUACAAUGGAUCGAUGCGCCCCUUCAUGAAGUCAUGGAAAGGCAAUCAGAAAGAAGAAGCCCAGUCCUGCAAUUAUGUCAUUCGAAAUGAACCGGAUGAUUUACUGAUGCUCCAAAAAGAACUUCAGAAUCGAGUCCGGUCCAUGGCACCGUCCAAUACGAGUGUAUUUGGGUUCUUGCAUGUCCGGCGAAACGAUGCCAAGAAGGCUUGCAAUACGGACAUUCCAAAUCUGAGUAAGUUCUUUCAAUGUUCUCUCAAUGGAACCGAAGCAACUGGUAGGCAUAUUACAUUCCUUCUCGGGAGUGAUGAAAAGAGUGAGACCUAUCGUCACGAUGUCAUCGAUAUGACGAACGAUUAUUCGCAUGUGUCCAUGCUAGAUGCGGACAAGCUGGUCACUGAUUUUAUGCAAGACAUGAUUCGGAACAACAAAAUGCCAUCGUGGCGAAUGAACAACUUUUAUCAAUUCGAACUGAUGAAAGCUCUUGGGUUGGACGGACGCAGCUUCUCAUCCGUCUACUUGGUCCAGCGGCGAAACAGUCACUGCCCGCGAUGUUCCAAACUAUUGACAGAGUUUCCAACAGCGUGGGCAUAA